AUGAAUUGGCUGACUGCACAAUAUUCUCGUCGUCAACCUCAAAACGAACAUGAAAAAGUUGUUUUUCCACAAUGCAAUACAGAAACAAUUAUUGAUUUUCUUGUCAAACAAAUCCGACAACAAUUAGAAAGUUUAAUAGAUCCAAACGAUCAUCACGAUGUGUUUAAAUGUGCUAAAAUUCUUGUAACUGAAUUAUUGAGUAAAGAGCCUUCUUUAUGUGCAGAAGAUGUUAUCAAUCGAGUGAUUGCAAUAAUGAAUACUCCGUUUUGUAUUGCUAAUACUGGCUCAAAUAUUGUCAAUAAGAAUGGUUUAUUAUCUAACAUAGGAAAAUCUCUAACAGCAACAGCUAAUGAAUGUUAUCCAGUGAUGCCUCCAUCAUGUAGCCUUUUCCCAUUUUAA